AUGGACAGUCAGGUGCAGGAUCCAUUGACAAACAAUUUAUGGGUGCAGUAUGGAGAAAAGACAAACAUAGGGUAUUGGCCACCAAACUUGUUUAAAACAUUGAGUCAUGGUGCAGAAUGUGCAGAAUGGGGAGGCGAUGUCUACAGCUCAAAGUUAGAGCAAACGCCCCAUACAAAAACAGCCAUGGGUAAUGGAAAUUUUCCUGAUUAUAUUUCAGGGAAUUCAGGUUACGUGAAAAGAUUGCGAAUACUUGAUAUCUCUUUUAACUUGAAGUUCCCAGACUGGGUCAUGACCUAUGCGGAUGAAUACGACUGCUAUCGUUCUGAAUAUAUUGGAGAUUACAUUGUAAAGGCAUCUUUGAGCUCUCAAGAAAACCAGUUUUCCAAGUAG